UAUACCGCCGAUGAAGAGCAGCGAUGUACGGUGACAACUUAGCCUUGCGAGCAAGCAUUUUCCUUGGGUUGUUGUUGGGCUUCGUAGCCUCCCAGCAACCUCAGGCCACGGUAGAGCAGGGUGCCCUCUUUGGUACCACCGAGACUUUCCAGGAAGAUGAGUUCAUCAAUAUCACCAAGAACAUCGAUGUCUUCAAGGGGAUACCGUUUGCAGAGCCACCCGUUGGAGCGCUGCGAUUCAGGGCUCCGGUAGAGAAGAGUAGUUGGGGAAGCGAGGUUUACAACGCCACGUACUUCAGAGAUGCGUGCAUCCAAAACCCUAUUUACUAUAUAGAUCCUCAAGGUUUGACGACUAGCGAAGACUGCUUACAUUUAAAUGUAUUUGCACCAAAGCCAAGACGUUCAGGGGGCGUACCUGUCAUGGUUUGGAUACAUGGAGGAGGCUAUGCGUUAGGCAGUGCUAGCCAGCCUUUCUACAACGGGAUACCAUUGGCUGCUGUCGGUGACGUCAUUAUCGUCACUAUUAACUAUCGUCUGGACGUCUUUGGCUUUCUGACUACAGGCGAUUCUGUUUCGCCAGGAAACGUAGGUCUCCAGGAUCAAGUUCUUGCUUUAAAAUGGAUCAAUAAGAACAUCGCAGCUUUUGGUGGUGACAAUGAAUGCAUCACCAUCUUCGGUGAGAGUGCUGGAGCAGGUAGCGUCAGUCUCCACAUCCUCUCCAAGAUGUCAGAAGGCUUAUUCAAUCAGGCGAUUAUGCAGAGUGGCACUGCUUUCUCACCAUGGUCGCUGUACGAGAACAAAGACAAUCUGCGGAAACAGGCCUUCCAGAUUGGGGAGAAAUUGGACUGUGGUAUCGGUGCAGCUUCUGACAGCGCCGCGCUCGUCAGCUGUUUACGGGGAAAAGAUGCGAAGGAUCUGUUUAAGGCAGCAGCGCAGCUCUUUUUCCGCACGGAUCCCGUUGUUGAUGGGGAAUUCCUCUCUGACACCCCGGCCAAUCUCUACUCCACCGGGCAGUACAACCACGCCAAGAUUCUCCUGGGGUCAAAUGCUGAUGAGGCGACUUAUAUCCUGAUAUACAAUCCGCAGUUCAGCCAAUAUUUAGCCGAUGAAGACCCACCGUUCAUUGGGAGAGACAUGUUUGAACAACUGCUCACACAGCAACUCUAUCAUUAUUAUGGUCCAGCUCACGACCACUUGGCAGACGCCAUCAGAUCAUGGUACAUAGACUGGUCUCAGGCAGACAACAAGACAGCUGACUACUUUCAAAUUUUCGUCGAAUCCUUUACUGAUUUCUACUUUGCGUGCGGCAUUGACCGAGUUGCGCGUUUUCACGCCCAAGAGGGCGAUGAUGUGUUCCUGUACCAGAUGACGCACGUACCUGGCGUAUCUGUUUUUGCUGUCGGUGACAAGCAGCCCGGUUGGGCGGGUUCAUCACACGCUGAGGAUAUUCCAUUCGUCUUCGGCAAUGCCUUCCUCCCUGCGUUCUCGUCUGGACCUCUUCUGUAUCCAGACUCAGAUAAAGAACUUUCGGUCAAAUUCAUGGAAUACUGGACCAAUUUUGCAAAGACUGGAAACCCUGGUAUGAAGACCCCAGGAUCACCGAUAGAUUUUGCGGAGGACUUUUGGCCAAAGUUCACUAUCCCAGAGUUGAGAUACAAGGAGCUCAACGUUACCAUGGCAACUGGACGCGCACUCAAGAGUAACCAGUGUCAUUUUUGGAACACCUACUUGAUAAAGCUACAGACAAUGUUGGCGAGCGUGGACAAAGUUGAGCGUGAAUGGAGAGAGUCGUAUAGUGCCUGGAAAUACACCGACAUGCCCGACUGGAGAGAGCAGUUCAACCAGUACAAAUCAGCCACCGGCCGGUCCUGAUUGACCAUAAUCAAUUAAUUUGGCAAUAGCUUGAUUCAAUACUCUUUUACUAUUAUUUAGAUUUCUCUUCAGUAUAAUAUUUUUUUCUUAAAGUUUUUGUUUGCCGUUCCCAGGAACUUGGCGAUGGGCUCCGUGGACCUCCUUUCCCCACCAAGUGUCUCGUUCAAUCCGGCCUGAGCGCUGUUAUGACCGAGAUAACAUACCCGUCGAAGGUCCCAGGGUCCCCAGGUUCCCCAUGGCAUGGGUGUCGUCCAGUCAGCGCAGUCAUUCAAGAAGAGUAGUCAGUCAAUAAAGCAAUGACUUUCUGUUGAAGAUAGAACGUCAUCAUCUAAAUAAUUACGCCACUGUUUGGGAUCUCCUGUGUUACGUAUUUUAUUGGAUUUCUUUCAGUUGUUUUUUUUAGUAUAAUGUAGAUAGUUUGGAAUUGGUUACUGCUUAAAUAGUUUGUCACGAAGUGUAAAUGCCGCAAACAAAAUUGUCUUCAAACCAGAAAACAUAUUUUGGUAAAGUACUUUUUUUGAGACUCUUAUUUUCGUCUGCGAUGUUAUAAUGUCUGCUUAGUCUUUAUUUUAUUUUAUGUCAAGAUGUAGAAAAAGAGAAAUUAUAACAAAUGUUAUCUAUGAGCUAUCUAUCCUUUUACUGGGGUCUUCCUUAGGGUGUUAGUCAGAAAACCCGCCAUCAUGUAAAAGCCAUUCAACAUGUAUACUGUAGUAUAAAAAGAGAUCACCACUUGACGAAACGGCGGCAGAAACGGUUCAACGUUAUGGCUAGAUGACUCAGUUGGUAUAAAGCGUCGCUACGUUAAUACGGAUGUCGCAGGUGGAAGUCCAGCUCUAGGCAAUUUCUCUUCUUCUUUUUAUUGUAUCCUAAAUUAUCUAAAAUUUACCCCAGUCACUUUCUCUUGUGGUUUAUUAUUAUGUAAUAAACAUAAAUUACGUAACAACUCAUAAUUUAUUCAGAACCUUAAAGA